AUGGCGGCCACUUGCAGAGUAUCGUUGUGCUUACUUCUCGUCAGCGUAACGUUUGCGCAAAAUUCCAUAUCUUUAGAGGACAGAUUUGAAAUGUUGGAACGAGAGUUUGCGACGGAAAAAGCUAAAAUGAAUUCGGAGAUAGAAUCGACGAGAAAUGCACUGGACAUGACGCGUUCACAACUUCAAGAAACUCAGUCUCAGCUUUGGGAAACACGGAAACAGCUAGCAGUAACGUAUCCUGGAGGGCUUCACAAUCCUGGGACAACGAACUUCCAGAACGAACAUGGGCACAAAUCAGAAAACGUUCUUGGAUGGAACAAUACUACAAAGUCGCGCGCAUUAUCCCAGAUAAUGGAAAAAUGGAUACAAAACGCAACACGUGCACAAGGUGGCCGAAUACCAUCCAUACCUGUUCCCGGCACUAAUCGACGGAAUCGACGUCAAGCGAUCAACUUUAACGCGAUAGCCUUUCACGCUGAGUUAGGAAUACCUGUCGACAGUCUGAAGGUUCAACAGGCUAUAGUGUUCGACACCACCACUCUGAACACAAAUAUGGCUUACAGUGAAAAUAACGGCGUGUUCACGUGUCAGGAGACAGGUACCUACUUUUUCACCGUCAGCAUCAUGGUGUUUCCUCAGGAGAAAGUCGAAACCGAGAUGGUCGUUAACGGUAACCAGAUGCUGCUGACUUUUGCGGCCGGGACUACAGCGUUUGGACAAGGGACAAGUUCUACAGCAGUCCAUCUACAACAAGGAGACAGGGUGUGGGUUCGAAUCCUUAACGUCCCAACGUUAAGUACAGGGACAAACAUUCGUGUCAUGGGUGGAGGCUGGAGCUCGUUUACGGGAUUUUUAAUUCAAUAA